AUGGGAAGAGGGAAGACAUCUUGCAUUGUUCCAAUGGUCAUUGCCGUUCUUGCAGAUUCGAAGCAACUUUGCCGACUCAUCGUGCCAAAAGCCUUGCUGCUCCAGACUGCCCAGACUUUGCAGUCCAAGAUCGGAGGCUUGCUUGGACGUGAGAUGAGCCACAUUCCAUUUUCUCGACGCACCCCCUCGAGCUCGGACAUGCACAAGCUCUACGUGGACCUUCAUCGAGAAAUUCUUGGCCGCUCCGGAGUCAUUUUGGCCAUUCCAGAGCACAUACUUUCAUACAAGCUAAUCCCCUUUGAGGCGAAAGGAGUGCCGUCCGAGCAAGCCGAGUUUGGUCAUCCUGAUGUGGCUAUAAUCUUUACCUGCUUGUCCUUUUACUACGCGGGUCUCACAAUCCAUCAGUUCCAGGAAGGAUUGGGAAGAUUGCUCAAGUCUGAUGACCCAGCCUUCGUGUACGAUGGCUGGACUGCGGGAUGCGACUCCCUCCCUGAGGCCCUCUCCCAUUGGAACCUCGUCAACAUUGAUGAUUCCGGACAAUUUGCCGUUAAAUUGCAGUCUUCGGGAUGGGACUUGCCUCUCUUAUCUUCAUUUUCAGACGAAGAGCAGCUCGGUGCAAAGACAACCGGGUUCAGCGGGACCAACGACAAUCGAAGAAUGCUGCCACUGACCAUCAGACAAGAUGACCUUCCGAGCCUAGAACACACCAGUGCCCAGGUGCUCACCUGCCUUCUCCAAGACAGGAACCGGGAUUGCAUAGUCGCAACGAAGCAUGGAGCGCGGCUUACCGAGGGGGGACUACUUAAGCACUUGUCCAACGCAAAAAUUCGGCUGUUGAUCGACGCUGGGGCGAGUUUCUUCGGCGCGCACGAUAACCGAGCCUGGGUUCGAUACCGAGAUGGAAAGGAAAUCCCUCUUCUAGCCACGCCGUUUGCCGACAGCCUGCAGGAAUGCCUCGUUUACUUGGACGAAGCCCAUACUCGUGGCACUGACCUCAAAUUCCCACCAUAUGCUCGUGGGGCUCUCACCUUGGCUCUUGGUCAGACCAAAGAUCACACAGUACAAGCUGCCAUGAGGCUUCGGCAACUAACCACGACACAGUCCGUCACUUUCUACGCUCCACCAGAGGUUUACCGCAGUAUUUUGGAUCUGCGCAGCAAGGAAGACGGGAUGCGAAUAAACUCAUUCGAUGUCGUCUAUUGGUUGCUUGAACAGACGUGUCGAAACAACGAGCAGCUGCAUAGCCUCUUCAUUGCUCAAGGCAUCGACUUCUGUCGCCGGACGAGUGCCGCCCUGCAAUACCCAAAGUUUCUGUCGGAAGAAACACACAAGUCGGCCCUCUUAGAAGUUAUGAAAUCUCCCGAACAGAUUACGCUUGAUGAACUAUACGGGAGAGCCACACAGACCCCGAGGAACAGUGCACCGGAGAGCUUCCACACUAGCCUUCGCGAGAUUGCAAGACAACUGGAGCGAUAUAGAGCCAGCUGUGAAGACAGCUCGUCUCUUGCUCACCGUUCGCUCAUGGAGGAGGUAGAACAGGAACGAGAAGUAGAGUUCCAGGUCGAGCAAGUGCGCCAAGUACAGAAACCCCGUCACUGCAAGAGCCUCAGCUUCUCCGGUCUGCAUCCGGCCAUCUUCUCGUUUGCCCAGACCGGGUUACUUGGCGGAGAUUCGGGAUUCGAGCUGGCGUCUACUUUUAUUGCAAAUACAUGCCUGGGGAAGAAGUACAAUUUUCGCGCUCCAGAAUCGCGGCUUUUUGUGUCCGAUGAGUUCACUCGCACGAUUGAGAAUGGGUCGGAAGGUCCUAACGAUGACUUCUUGAGACCGAUCGAGUGGAUUCUGUGGGGUCCCAUUCACGAAACAGCCUUGGUGAUCAUCCCGGAGGAGGCAGAGCGUUUGAUACCGGUCAUCAGGGCCCUGGACCAUGCGCCGGUACACUUGAUGCCCUACGCUGCGUCGACAACUAAGAACAUGGCCCAUUCCAAUGGAUUGGCCGGCUAUAUAACACCCUCUCCUCUACUGAGCAGCCCUUUGCCUUCGUGGCUUUCGAUUGAGCUGGGGCUGCUCGGUGCUAGACUGUACUUUGACUUCGAAGAGUAUUCGAUUCUCCUGGAGCACCUGCGCUUAGUGGUCAAGGUUGGCGGCAUAAAAUCUAUCGUAGCUACCUCUGGUGAAGCUUCCAGAAGCGUUCCGGCUGGAGACAUAAACGCCUUUCUGCUGGAGUGGUUGACCGUUCGCCGUAAAGGACAGGACAUUAUGCACACUCCAAUGGGGUACAUCUGUCAGGGUCGACCAUUGAAAGAGAGUCACCCAUUCUUUUCCAUCAAGGAGGCAGGCACAACAGUGGUUCGCGAGAUUGGAUGGAUGAAUAACAGCGGUCCGGAGUCGGAAAGCUUGGAAUAA